CAGAACGCCACAACCUUCCCCGUUUAACGUCGAAUUCAAUUAAUUUGUUUUGGUUAUUUUCGCGCUUGCGUAAAACGGUCACACUGAUCUCUAAUAAAAGUCAGACGCUAACGCUACGGAAAGUUUUUGUCAUUUUAUUUUGUUUUAACAUGCUGAGAAAGUGUUUUUAUUCAAGUGCUUUGCGAGCUCCAUUUAAACGCCAAUAAUAACGCAUAUUUUGUGCUGCAUUAACACUAAAACAAACAAUUGUGAUGCGAAAGACCCGCUCGCAAACUCAGGCGGAAAAUGCCGCUUCAACCACACCGCAGCAAUCAGCACCAGCAGCAGUAAACACAUUUGAUGCGGCUAAAUUCAAGGAAUGUGAGCAAAUGGUGCAGAUGCUACGCGUCGUAGAGCUGCAAAAAAUCUUAUCGUUUCUGAACAUUUCCUUCGCUGGACGAAAAACCGAUCUGCAAAGUCGCAUCCUAUCGUUCCUGCGUACUAACCUGGAGCUGCUCGCACCCAAGGUACAAGAAGUUUACGCUCAAUCCGUGCAAGAACAAAGCGCCACGCUGCAGUACAUAGACCCAACCAGGAUGUACUCGCACAUGCAGCUGCCCACUGUGCAGCCAAAUAAUGCGAGUCUUGUGGGCGGUGCACCGACCCAGGUGCCACAAGUGGGCGCCGGCAAUCCCGCCCAGAUACCUGUCGGUGCUGGCGGUGCGCCCGGCAAUAUGAUACCCUACCUGCACUCGCACACCAUGAACAGCCAAAUGCCCAUACAUCCCGAUGUGCGUCUGAAAAAGCUUGCAUUCUACGAUGUCCUUGGCACACUCAUCAAACCAUCGACUCUGGUGCCGCGCAACACACAGCGAGUGCAAGAGGUGCCUUUCUAUUUUACGCUGACGCCACAGCAGGCUACAGAGAUCGCCACAAAUCGCGAUAUACGCAACAGUUCAAAGGUGGAGCACGCCAUACAGGUGCAGCUGCGCUUCUGUCUCGUGGAGACAUCGUGCGACCAGGAGGAUUGCUUUCCACCCAGUGUCAAUGUCAAAGUGAACAACAAAUUGUGUCAGCUGCCUAAUGUCAUUCCUACAAAUCGCCCAAACGUGGAACCGAAACGUCCACCACGGCCGGUGAAUGUGACCUCAAAUGUCAAACUGUCGCCGACUGUGACCAACACAAUAACGGUUCAAUGGUGUCCGGACUACACGCGCAGCUACUGCCUCGCCGUCUAUUUGGUAAAGAAACUAACAUCCGCACAGCUGUUGCACCGCAUGAAGACUAAGGGUGUCAAACCCGCGGAUUACACGCGUGCUUUGAUUAAGGAGAAGCUUACCGAGGACGCUGACUGCGAGAUAGCCACGACCAUGCUGAAGGUGUCGCUUAAUUGCCCGUUGGGCAAAAUGAAAAUGUCGCUGCCGUGCCGAGCAUCAACAUGCUCCCACUUGCAGUGCUUUGAUGCCAGUCUCUACCUGCAAAUGAACGAGCGCAAGCCCACCUGGAAUUGUCCAGUCUGCGACAGGCCGGCCAUCUAUGAUCAUUUAGUAAUCGAUGGCUAUUUUCAAGAGGUAUUAGGCUCGUCGCUGCUGAAAAGCGACGACACUGAGAUUCAGCUGCAUCAGGAUGGCUCCUGGAGCACUCCGGGCUUGCGCAGUGAGACACAAAUACUGGACACGCCGUCAAAGCCUGUUUCUAAAGUGGAGGUCAUAUCGGAUGAUGUCGAACUGAUUGAUGACACAAAACCGAUGAAGUCUGAUCUGUCUCCAGCGCCCGAGGAGCAGCCAACGUCCACGUCCAACAGUGAAACCGUGGAUCUAACCUUAAGUGAUUCGGAUGAUGAUAUGCCGCUGGCCAAGCGGCGACCGCCAGCCAAACAGGCGGCUGCCACGUCCACAUCGAACGGUACGGGCGCCGCUCAACGUGCCUAUGCCUCGUCACAGCAACAGCAGCAACCGGCAAAAACUGGCCUCUACACUUAAUAUUAUAUUUGUUAUCGCUUGAGUUUAUAUAUGUUAUUCUCCUCUUCUUAAUUUAUCUGUGUGUUGUGCUUGCCUCGAUUAAUACACACAAACAUACCCCCACCCACCCACACACACACACACAUAGUAAACACAACAAACUACGUUUUGCAACACAUAAUUAAUUUAUUUAUUGGGUUGUUUAUUUUUUGGCGUCAACCAACACUUCGUAAUAUGUAUUUUUAGUUAAAAAACAAAAAAACAAGAAGAAAAUACACAGAAACAAAUAGAACUAAACAUUAAACAAUAGCGUAAUAAUAAACAUAAAUCAAAUGUUAAUGUUUAAGUCUCUUUACAAUUAUUCCUAAUUCAUAUAGAAAAGCAAACGGAGUGGAACAAGAAUCGCAUCGAUUUUAAGUUAUAUUUCGUGCAUAUUUUAGCAAUUAAGUUAAAGUUUUUCCUAUUUUUCUUGGCAUAUUCGGCUCGAGUUUGCUUAAUAAAAAAAGAAAAACAAAGGGAUACAUUCAACAAAACCCAAUUUCAGUUUAUUUUAUAACUUUACGUAUAUUAUAUGUAUGUAUUUAUAUCAACUCUUUUUGAUUUUUGGAAAAGAAUGCAAAAAAGUGAUGCAAAAACUGGAAAACAAAUAAGAUAUAAACUUCACUCAAUAAUAAAUAAAGCUAAAUCUAUCGUAUAUUAAAUCGCAUCAUCUUUGUAAUUAUUUAUUUAGGCACUCUGGAUUACUAUUUUAAGCCGGUUCAAAGCUGAUUUUAUAGGAUCAUAUAUGUUAUAUCCAUUCAAAAUCGCACAAUUUGAACGAACACACACACGCACACACACACAGAGACACAUGUACAAAACGAUAUUUAUGUCUCUGCGAAUGACCAAAAGAAAUUUGAUCGAAACUUUUACCUUUAUAGCCCAUAUAUGAAAACUGAAAAGACACGCGCGCUAAAACGAAUUUUUGUUUGAAACAAUAAAUCGCAUUUUGAACCAUUUAUUGCAUGCGGGGAAUAUAAAUACACCAUGUAUAAGUCAAAU